AUCGUCAGCUCCGGAGGAAGUGAUACCCGGCGAUAUUUCACCCGGAGCAUUUCUUCUUCGCGACACCCUCUUUUUUUUCGUAAACUCCGCUUCUUACCCUCUAUUUUGAUCCCAUUUCACGCUCAGCUUCGUUAAUUAUACCUCGCGUCGGAUGAGUGGAGCGUUUAACAGUUGAAUUUGUGACCUCAGCGCGCGCGGUGAUUUUCGUCCCGCCAAAGUUUGGAUUCGCCGACUAAAUAGAUUUUUUCACUGUCUCAUUGAGUGCUAAUGUAUAAGACGCCUGUUUAAGCUACACAAAAUGACCAGAGAAUCAACACAACCAGACACUUUGAGAAGGCUCCGAACCCCUAAAUGUGCAAGAUGUCGUAAUCAUGGCAUCAUAUCAUACCUGAGGGGCCACAAAAAACUUUGCCGCUGGCGAGAGUGCAGAUGCGCGAAUUGUUUGCUGAUUAUUCAAAGACAAAAAGUCAUGGCUGCUCAAGUAGCCCUAAGAAGGCAUCAAAUAAAUCUAAAAAAUGACGGCUAUCGUGGUGCGCUGCAUCAAAAAGAAAUUCAAAGGCGGAAAAUUAUAGAAUUUCAAAAGGUUCUCUACAAACAGCAACUUACUUCCUCAGACACAGUCUCAUCGUACAAAGGUGACGCGCGGAGCAGUUCUGAACGUGACGCUGAGCUGUCGGAGAGAAUUCAAAGAAGAAAAGUGUUCGUGGAUCCGAAUUUACUGCAACCAGUGAAGAGCUGGAAUGCUAAUUUUACCGAGGAAACGGGUCGAUUGCGAAUAGGAGAUGGUAAAACUAAUUCGGAUGCCCUGUCACGGCGAGAGAGUAUACGGCCAUCAAAGCCAACAAAGUUGUCUUUUUCGAUUGAUUCUCUUUUAGGAGAUAUUUUACGCGAUUGAAAGCUAUUGUCUAUCUCACCGAUUGAAA